CCGCAGCCCGCCAGGGGUUGGGUUUCAAAAAAGAGCGCCUGACCCACCCACUGCUCGCUCCGCCGCUGUGCAGUCCGUGUGGCAGCUAAUUUGCCUUUUUGUUUAAGGCUCUACAAAGCACAGAACCUUUGAGGGAUGCUUCCAGACGGAAACAGCCGCAAAUGAAGUUUAGACGGAAAAAAGUUUAGUGUUGUAGCUGAGGCGGCCUAGGACAGGCCAGCAGUAGGUGCUGGGUGAUGCUCCUGGUUUGGUUUCGCCUGUUUCCUUGUCCUCGGCACUCAGCUGGAGAAACUUUUCAUGUCCCAGUGGAAGUUUGUGAGCUGUGAAUUGUCAUAGAAGAUUGAUAGCUCUGCCAACAUUUGUCCACAAUAGAAGAUGGGUGGAUUAAUUUCAAGAUGGAGGGCAAAGCCUUCCACUGUAGAAGUAUUAGAAAAAUUAGAUAAGGAAAUACAGACAUUAGAAGAAUUUAGAGAAAAAAAUCAGAGGCUACAGAAACUAUGGGUUGGAAGGCUUCUUCUCUACUCCUCAGUUGUUUAUCUUAUUACUUGCUUAAUUGUAUAUUUGUGGUGUCUUCCUGACGAAUGGACAGCAAGGCUGACAAUGACACUUCCAUUUUUUGCAUUUCCAUUGAUAAUCUGGUGUAUAAGAACACUGCUCAUUUUUUUCUUUUCCAAACGGACAGAAAGGAAUAAUGAUGCACUGGAAGACUUAAAAUCCCAAAAGAAAAAAAUACUUGAGGAAGUAAUGGAAAAGGAAACCUACAAGACUGCUAAACUAAUCCUUGAAAGGUUUGAUCCAGCAUCAAGUGCAAAGGAGACUGAACUACCAUCUGCUGGAACAUCUGCAACCCCAAGACCUGGACAAGAAAUUCGUCAGAGGACUGCAGCUCAAAGAAAUGCUUCUAUGCCCUCACCUGCAACUCCUAAACCAGGCUCUCCCAAGUCCCCAGUUCCAGCAUCUCCUAAUCUUCAGAGAGAGGCUCCCGCUCUGAGCGGGCUCCCGGAAAGAGCAGCUGUGCCAUCCUUGCAAUCAAAUGUUUUACCAAGACGCCCUGGAUCCCCUGCUACUUCAGUGCCUGGAAUGGGUCUUCAUCCUCCAGGCCCUCCUUUGGCAAGACCUGUUCUUCCUCGAGAAAGAGGAGUUGUGGAUAGAGUUAUUGAAUAUUUGGUUGGUGAUGGUCCUCAGAACAGGUAUGCUCUUAUAUGUCAGCAAUGUUUUUCUCACAAUGGUAUGGCUUUGAAGGAGGAGUUUGAAUACAUAGCAUUUAGGUGUGCCUACUGCUUCUUCCUGAAUCCUGCAAGAAAAACUAGACCUCAAGCUCCACGACUUCCAGACUUCAGUUUUGAAAAAAAGCAAUCUAUGGAGUUGCGUUCUGAACCUGAGCCUCCAGAACCUAGAGAGAGAGAGCCCCAGGAGACUCAACAGACAAAAGAAUCUGAAGAUGAUGUGGACCAGCUCGUUGAGACAAAUGACACAGAUGAUAAAGCACCAAGUUCUGAGCAUCUAAAUGAUAAGCUAGCUGAAGAAGUUGAAAAAGAAGAAGCAGAAAACAUUUCAGCAACUGAAGAGGCUACUUCAGAGUCUACUUCAGCUGAACAAAGUGAAGAACCUUUAAUAAAAGCAGAAUAAAAUACUUCAAGUGCCUUCUGUAGCUAGUUUUUAGCUUUGUUCAUGCCUGUUACUAUUCAGGUGAGCUUUUUUUUAAUGGUACAACUUAAAAAUCUUGCUUGGGCUUAAACUGCCUCAACUGCCACAGAGUGUGUCAAAGCUAUAUGUAAAAGUGGGUGUUGUAAAUUAAGCAUGUCUCUUAACACAUAGAAUGUGUAGUUGGUUGAAGUCUAACAGUUGUAGCCCUUGUUUAGUUUGCGUAUUUAAAAACUUAAAAGUACAAGCUUUGCUAAGGGUGACUUACAGUUUGACAUCUCUUUAGCUGUCACACAUAAAGAGCAAUUCCUGAUGGCAUCUGACCUAGUAAGUUUGGUCUAGUGAACUUAAGAUGCUUUUUAAUGCUGCCCUGUUAAAAUGGAUUGAGUACAUGUUUAACACACAGAUGUUUACAAGCUAAAGUGUCAUCCGACAUUUGACUUAAGCAUAUGGAAGUGUCAUUGCAAUGGUGUUGAUAUUAUUCACUGUCUAACUUUUGGAUGGAAUUCAGUUAUAUGGCACUUGGAUAAAUGGCAUCUCCUUUGGUGUUUGCUUUGCAGAUGAACCAGAGGCACCUACAUGCAGAACUGUUUUGUGUUUACAUAAAAUAUAAGAAGUCUCUGCACUUGAUUGUACUUGAAUACAAAGCACUAUUUAUACCUGUACAAUAAUGACAAGAUAUAAGUGAAUUUUGUGCCUUUGUGUAUUUUGUUAAAGGAAAAUAAAGACAUCUAGCAGCAAUACUUGCUUUGUGAUUCCUAAAACUGAAGAGAAUGCAUGUUCUACUGUAUGCAGCUAUUCUACAGUUGCUUUAUGCCAGUUUAGAAGGAAUGUGCCACCUUUAAAGGAACAUGCCAAUUUGUAGCUAAGGUGGCUUUGACAGGAUAGAAAUAGAUCCCUGAUGAAAAGGGGAAGCGCAUGUGCAUUUGCCAAAAGGCUUUUCUAACUGUACCUAAAGCUUGUUGAUACUAUUUAAUGUUACAAUUUCAAUGAAUAUUUGCUGCUGGAUUGCUGAAAAUGUAAUUUUUUUUUUUUUAUUGCAUUACUUUUUAAGAUAAGGACACUUGUUACAAGUUUCCUGUUAAAUGUAACAGCUGGGAUCCUGGAUUAGAAGUUUUCUGGUGUCUGUGAGGUACCUAAGUCAUCAGAUUUUUUAAAAAAUAAAUGCUGAAAAUAUGUGACUUGGUUGCUUUAGUAAUACUUCUGAUAAAAAUUUUAUUUUGUGUGGUGUUAUGUACCUCACUACAGGGAGAGGGGAUAUUUCAAACCAUUUUUAAUCUAAUGUUUUGGUUCUGAAGGGAAAUGGUUUUUACUCUGUAAGAGCAGCAAAACCCCUCCAUGUUAGUAGUUUGAGUCCUCUACCAGAAAAGCAUGUUUCUAAACGUGACCUUAGUAUCAUUGUCUUUAUACAAGACAUCAUUAUUACAUGAAGAACAAUGAUUAAUUUUCUAGUUCAAAUACA